AUGGCUGACUCAUUUUUCGACGCCAUUUCGUCUCCUUCUCAGUUGGCCUAUCAGCACCUCUGGACCUCGGCUCGAGGUGCCCCUCCAGCGGCUGUGUCCGGUGCUCGGUCGACCGCCUACCUCUUCUCUGGCGCAGGGGAUUCCAGCGACCAUCGUUUGAUUCCUCGUCACCAUGGCGACACCAGGUCUUGUGUCUAUUCUCCGGUUGUGGAGUUGCCGUGCUCCAAGCGCAGGAGCCGUUCAGACGAGGAAGAGGAUUUCGAGGAGGAAGACGAUGAGGAUGAGGAUGAGGAGAGAACAGGCCUUGAUGACGGGCAAAUCCCAAAGAGAAGGGAAGAAGAGGAUGAGGAAGAGGAGGAGGAGGAGGAAGAAGAGGGGGAGGAGGAGGAAGAGGAGGAGGAGGAGAAGGAGGGAACGGAGAAGGAUCACGAAGGAGGCAAAUUCGAGACUAGUGAGCACCAUCCAUUCGGUGAGUUGGUGAAGACGCGCAAAGUGAAGCACUCCGCCCGCACUGGCGGCUUCCGGGCGACUUUCAUCGCCAGCUCGAAACCGAAACGGUCGUCAAGGCGCGACGUGAACGAAGACCUCAUGUCGUCGUGUCAAAACGCUUUCGAUGAGGUCGGUGAAUCCGAGUCGGCCGAACUGGCAGCCGGUUUGUUGCAUCGAAUCUCCGGCCCAACAGCCGCCAUCGAGAAGGCGCAAGCUCGAGCCCUGGCCGCCGGAAUGACACAGGCCAUGCUUGCUGGCCGGCUCACGGGCGCCUGCUUCAUGGCCGGCCCUUCGGAGGUGCCAGUUCCUGUCCCGGCCGGACAUAACGUGCGCAUGUGCAUGCAAUCAGGUGACUUCCGAUUGGUGGGAGGACGAGUCAACUUGUCCUUUUCCCAUGCCAACUAG